AUGUCUAAGUCAGAGUCUCCCAAAGAGCCCAAACAGCUGCAGAAGCUCUUCAUCGGAGGUUUGAGCUUUGAAACAAUCGAUGACAGUCUGAGGAGCCAUUGCGAGCAGCGGGGAGCGCUCACAGACUGUGUGGUAAUGAGGGAUCCAAACACCAGGCGCUCCAGAGGCUUCGGGGUUGUCACAUAUGCCACUGUGGAGGAGGUGGAUGCGGCCAUGAAGGCAAGGCCACAUGAGGUGGAUGGAAGAGUUGGGGAACCAAAGAGGGCCGUCUCAAGAGAAGAUUCUCAAAGACCUGGUGCCCACUUAACUGUGAAAAAGAUUUUUGUUGGUGGCAUUAAAGAAGACACUGAAGAACAUCACCUAAGAGAUUAUUUUGAACAGUACGGGAAAACUGAAGUGACUGAAGUCAUGACUGAUCGAGGCAGUGGCAAAAAGAGAGGCUCUGCUUUCAUAACCUUUGAUGACCAUGACUCCGUAGACAAGACUGUCAUUCAGAAAUACCACACUGUGAAUGGCCACAACUGUGAAGUAAGGAAAGCCCUACCUAAGCAACAGAUGGCUGGUGCUUCAUCCAGCCAAAGAGGUCGAAGUGGUUCUGGAAACUUUGGUUGUGGUCGUGGAGGGGGUUUUGGUGGGAAUGACACCUUUGGUCGUGGAGGAAACUUCAGUGGCCGAGCUGGCUUUGGUGGCAGCCGCAGUGGUGAUGGAUAUGGUGGCAGUGGGGAUGGCUAUAAUGGGUUUGGUAACGAUGGAAGCCAUUUUGGAGGUGGUGGAAGCUACGAUGAUUUUGGCAGUUACAACAAUCAACCUUCAAAUAUUGGGCCCAUGAAAGGAGGAAACUUUGGAGGCAGAAGUUCUGGCCACUAUGGUGGUGGAGGCCAAUACUUUGCCAAACCACGAAACCAAGGUAGCUAUGCUGGUUCCAGCAGCAGCAGGAGCUGUGGCAGUGGCAGGUUUUAA